AUGGCCCCCAUCCCGAGGCCUGAUUUAGAUAUGGACAAUCCGUCCUCGGAUGUGGGCGACAGUCAGGAUUCGCCGCUGCGCCGACAGUUCUCCGAACCUUUCCGGCCGCAGUCAACUUCCACCCAAAUUUCUCAGUCGCCUGAACCAUUCUCGCGCAAAUUAAAAUGCGACUGGUGUGGAAAGCUUCUCGAGCGUCCAGAUGAUCAGACCAUCUCUGAAGAAGAUGUGCUCAAUUCUCACGUCGCCCAAGAGCAUCCUUCCCAUGAUCAAUACGGCUAUGAUGACGCCGAGGAUGAGAAUGCAGAAAUCGAUGAAGACGAAAUCGAUGAAGAUGCCGAAGAAAUCGACGAAGGUGAUGACGUUGACGAAGAAGCCGAGGCCGAAGGCGAGGGUGAAGAACAUGAACAGCUCGACGUCAACGGAGAAGAUGUCGUGAAUGGCACGACUCAACCUGAAGAAGGCUUUCACGGCGAAGACGAGCCCGUGACUGCUGCUCCAUCCGUCAACGGCGAGCACAGCGACGCCGAGAACGAAGUCGGCAAGAUCUCUUUUAUUCCCAUAAAGAUUGCCCAACGUGCUUCCGGGAAACGCGACCUUGUUGAAUGGCUCUCAAAUCCUAGAACUGCCUAUGCAGAGGAUUUCAAAAAGCGCGUGGCUGAAUGGCAAGGCCCGCAAAUGACCGAUCGCCUUUCCAAACUCUGGACGGUGAACGAUGUCAACCAAUUUUGUCCUACAUACGAACAGAACUUGGCCAAGGUAGAUAACACCUGGCAAAAUGUCUUUCAAGAUGCAAAGCCAAAGAAGCGCGAUGCGUCUGAGCCCCUGAUCCGUCCUGAUCCGUACAAGAAGACCAAGACUGACAAGGGCCAAUUCCUCGAUCUCAAUUCACUGGACGACUUGUUAGAAAUGCUUCGCAAGCCCGAGACUCUUUCACCUGAAGAAUUGUAUGCCGUCACCGAGGCUGCAGAGUUCGCGAUGAGAGUCUGGCAAGAUGAAUAUCUCGCCCUCGACCAGCUCUACCUCUCGGCACAUCGCCAUCACCGCAGUGCACUUCCCCCGGAUGCGAAGCGAGACUUCAUGAUGGGCAUCAAGAAGAAGACGAGUCACCCUCUCGCUCGAGUACCGGAAGAUCCUCGCAACUUCGAGGACCGGAAGGAGGCCAUGCUGUAUGGCUACAAGCACGUUUUCCACAACCAGAACACAAGCACCGCUGUCAUGUGGAACCCGCAGAACCCGUUCACUCAGGGUGGCUUUGUUCCGACACCUGCUCAGGCCAGAAAGAUGGCCACCAAGGUCGCACCCGACGACCGAAACCCCGACGGCUGGGCUCCUGUCAUCAAGCAUGGCACGGAGUUUAUCCCCAAGCUGUGGGAGCAACGAAAGGAACCUCUGGCGCCCAAGUACACCCGCAAGCGCAAGGCUGUGGAAGUUGAUACAUCCAAGACGGACACCGAGACACAAAACGACUCUGCAGAUGAGACCGAAGAGGAGGAAAUCCACCCCGCGAAGCGACGCACUCGAGGCCGUGGUGGCCGACGUCCUGCAUUUGAGGCAUACCAGCCAGUUGAGCCCCCCGUGAGUACUCCUCGCGGCCGUGGACGAGGCCGUGGUCGUGGUCGUGGCCGAGGAGUUGGCCGACCCCCAAUGACCCGGGCUUCCUUGGAUUCCAACCAGGCUACUAUCUACACUCCUACUUCUGGCCGAGGCCGAGGCCGACGUGGUGCAAGCACUGUGGUUGCCGCUACACCUCACGUCUCCCGCUCGACAGAGGAAACUGCCUCAUUGCCCACAGAUUCUCCAGCACCCGAACCAAACUCCUCGACCAAGGUCACACCUUCUCUGAGAAGGGAUGCCACCCAAGAAGAAAUUGAGGAAGCUCGCCGCCUGAAGAUCAUGAAUUCGAAGAACCCCAAGCGAACCAAGGCCAUGCUUGACCACUGGGAGCGUUUCAACCGCGAAGGACGCAUCCGCAACCCCAAGCGAUCCAAGGCACAGAUCGAACAGGAUCGUGUGCAUGACGAUGUUCGAAAGAUCAAGGAAGUCUCCCGGCCUCCUGGACGUCGCCGUCGAUCUCCUUCCCUUGCUCCCAUUCCCACUGGAAACCUUGCACCAAAGGCACCCAACACCAUUCCGCCCAUGGCCGGGCAACCCCCGCACAUGGGCCCUGGCCCUACUCUGCCGUCGAUUGGCAUGACUCACUACGCACCUAAUCCUUUCAGCGCGCCUCCUCCCCCUCCCCCUCAUGCCCAGCUUGGCCAACCUAUGCCUGCUCAAUAUGCACCAUUCCCCUAUGUUCCCUACCAGCUGGGUCUACCACCACCACCUCCCCCCGAUCACCACCAUCACCGAUGA